ACCCUGCUCAGAGAGCCCUCUACAGGGACAUCAUGCAGGAGAACUAUGAGACGGUGACCUCGCUGGGGCAUGCUGAGAUGGUGAGUAAGAAUGAGGAGGAGAAUCCACAGCAGGAAGGUGGUGAGGACGUGGGUCUGCAGGGAACAGUAUUGGGAAGAUCCAAGCAGAAUUUUUAUAAGAAUCAUAAACAAGGGAAAACCUGCAGAAACCAACGCAAGUCAGAGAGGCUGCUGGGAUACGACCCAGGGAAGAAAAUGUGUGAACCCAUAAAUCAUGGUGGAGAUUGCGAGGACCUCAAGGAAAUCACAGUCCAGCAGAGAAUCCCCACAGAAGAGAGAAAAAACACAUGCACCGAGUGUGGGAAAAGCUUUAUUCGGCGGUCACACCUUAUUUCCCAUCAGAGGAUCCACACUGGAGAGAAACCCUACAAGUGCCUUGUCUGUGGGAGAGGUUUCAGCCAGACUGCACACCUUAUUUCACAUCAGAGGAUUCACACGGGAGAGAAACCCUAUAAGUGCCUUGACUGUGGGAAAGGUUUCAUUCAGGGUUCGCAUCUUCUUAGGCAUGAGAGAACCCACACAGGUGAGAAACCCUAUAAAUGCCUGGAGUGCGGGAAAAGCUUCAUUCAGAGCUCAGAUCUUAUUUCACACCAGAGAACCCACACAGGGGAAAGAGCCUAUAAGUGCCUUGACUGUGGGGAAAGUUUUGAUUGGAACAUGCAGCUUGUUAGACAUCAGAUGCACCAUACUGGAGAGAAACCCUACAAAUGCCUAGAUUGUGGGAAAGCAUUUAGUGACAGUUCAGCCCUUAUUAUUCAUCAGAGACUCCACACGGGAGAGAAACCCUAUAAGUGCCUCGACUGUGGAAGAAGAUUCAAUCAGAACUCACUCCUUACUAGACACAAGAGAACCCAUUCUGGAGACAAACCCUACAAGUGCCUGGACUGUGGGAAAAGUUUCAAUCAGAGCUCAUACCUAAUUGCACAUCAGAGAACGCACACAGGAGAGAGACCCUAUAUAUGCCUCAAGUGUGGGAAAAGUUUCAGUUGGAGCUCAGAUCUGACGGCACAUCAGAGAACCCACACAGGAGAGAGACCUUAUAAGUGCCUGGAAUGUGGGAAAAGAUUCCUUCAGAGCUCAAAUCUUAGUGUGCAUCUGAGAAUCCAUACAGGAAAAAUGCCCUAUAAAUGCCCCGACUGCGGGAAAAACUUCAGUCAGAGUUCAAACCUGACUAGACACUACAGCAUCCAUAUGGGAGAGAAACCAUAUAAAUGCCAGGACAGUGGGAUAAAUUUCAAUCAUAGGUCAAACCUGAUUCGACAUCAGAGGAUCCAUACAGGAGGGACACCUUAUAAAAAAAAAAACACAUGCAGCGAGUGUGGAAAAAUCUUUAUUCGGCGGUCACAUCUUAUUUCACAUCAGAAGGUCCACACUGGAGAGAAGCCUUACAAGUGCCUUGUCUGUGGGAAAGUUUUCAGUCAGAGCUCAAAUCUUAUUUCUCAUCAGAGGAUCCACACAGGAGAGAAACCCUAUAAGUGCCUUGUCUGUGGGAAAGGCUUCAGUCAUACUGCAAACCUUAUUUCCCAUCAGAGGAUCCACACAGGGGAGAAACCCUAUAAAUGCCUUGACUGUGGGAAAGGUUUCAAUCAGGGUUCAAACCUUAUUAGGCAUCAGAGAACCCACACAGGCGAACAACCUUAUAAAUGCCUGGAAUGUGGGAAAAGCUUCAUUCAGAGCUCAGAUCUUAUUAGGCAUGAGAGAACCCACACAGGUGAGAAACCCUAUAAAUGUCUGGACUGUGGGAAAAGCUUUGUUCUGAGCUCAGAUCUAAUUUCACAUCAGAGUGCUCACACGGGAGAUAAACCCUAUAAGUGCCUGGAGUGUGGGAAAAGUUUCAAUCAGAGCUCAUACCUAAUUUCACAUCAGCGAACACAUACAGGAGAGAAACCCUAUAAAUGUCUCGAGUGUGGGAAAACAUUCAGCUGGAACUCAAAUCUAAUUUCCCAUCAAAGAAUUCACACAGGAGAGAGACCGUAUAAGUGCCUGGACUGUGGGAAAAGGUUCAUUGACAACACAGCCCUUAUUAAACAUCAAAGAGUGCAUACAGGAGAGAGACCCUAUAAAUGCCUCGACUGUGGGAAAAGUUUCAGUCGGAAGUCAACUCAUAUUGGACAUCAGAGAAUCCACAGAGGAAAGAAACGUUGAAUGUGGGGUAAGCUUCAGCUGGGGUCAGCUUGUAUCACACAUCAGGAAAGUCGUACAGGGAAUAAACCUCUUAAAUAUCUUUAACAUGGAAAAAGCUUAGAGUGGAAUUGACAUUAGAAACUCCUCACAGGAGAGGAAGUGGGGCUGGUCACAGUUUAUUUAAAAAAAUCUGAUUCCCCUGCAUAUAUCUUUGAUUUCUUUCAUGCUAAGUCAGAUUCGGGAGGGCUGUGGGUGAAAAUGUUGCAAAACUGGAGGGAGAAUUCAAAUGAAUCCCCCACAGUCUGUGAUCAUUCUGAGCUUAAAUUCCAGUUUCCAUCAGAUGAGAAUUUGGGUUUUCUUCUUUCAUUAGGACGGUGUUAAAACUUUUGUAACCAUCAUGACAAUAUAAGAAGCAGGUGUUGAUAGUUCAGAGGAGAGUGUGGGUAAGUCUGUUCUCUUGAUUUUUGAAUCAACUGGAACAUGUUCUGGGAUGUCACUGUAUAUGAACCUGAAAGUUUCUUACAGUCCACGCUGUAUUGUGGCUUGUUCUCUAUUUGCUGAAAGCCAUUUGGUCACCUAGCAGGAUAUUGGUUUUGUUUUGCAGGACAUUGUGUAGAUUUAGUGGGGACUCCAAAAGACGAAUGACCAUUUGCCAGAACACUCUUCCUUUAUUUGUACCAUUUUCCGAACCUUUGCCAUGAGAUCUUAGUGUUAUUUGAACAAUGAUUAUUCUAUGUCACCAUGAGCACAUACACCGAUGGGGCCAGUGCGAGAGUUGCAGGCGGAGAGGCAGAGACUGAAAUGGGGAGGGAAGUUCGUGCUGGAUCCCUGCAGUGAUGGGAGAUAGGUCAGGAGAGAGAUAAAGGGCUGGGAAACUGCAGGGUUUUCUCUGGAGAGCCAGACAGCCGAGGCUGAGAAUUGUUAACUUGCUGCACUGGAGCCGGAGAGAGACAGGAACUAGCCUGUGAUCACUGGGUGAAACUGUCCCUGAAUCCCAAAGAGCUUCAAAUGACACUGCUUGUGGAGUUGCUGGGUCUACCAGUGAUUCCUGGGAGGACAAGACUGAGCAGUGAUAGGAAGGAAACUAGGGAAGUCAACAGGCCUGCCUGGCACUGAGGCCAGCUGACGUCCAUCACUGCGACUGGAAGGCAAUGGGGAGUCUGUGAACCAAGAUGGUCACUGCUACCCCCCUCCACAGCGUCCUUGACAGAGACUCUCUCUGUCACGCUCACCACAUACAUGCCAAGGACAUCCCUGGGGCAUACCCUCAGCCAGGAUUGGAGAUGCCGCACCCUUCUCCAGAUCCCAUUAACCCGAGCUCCCUGGCUUUUCUGCUGUCACAGCGUUUGUGUCCCUGUGACUGAAUCCCAGCAUCUCUAAUGGAUCCACUGCAUUUUUUCUGCCGACUGUACAAUGUUGCUGAUGCCUGCGGGAGGUGGGAGCAGUGCCUUGCUGGGCGGGGGCCGAAAUGCUCUGAGCUGAGGGUACUGGGUGUGGGGAGGAGAUUUUAACUUUUAUUUCUGGCUUGGAAAGAAUAAAGUAGAAUUUAAUUUCUCAA